GCCACACCCUGCAGAUGAAAGAGACAUAGUCAUGUCAACUCGGCGGGGCGUCGGGUUAGGCGCCUUCACACAACGCAAUGCUACCGCACAACAAUAUGCCGCUCAUGGUUCCAAUCUCAAAUCUGCCAAUGCGGCGUCGCUCCAAGCCCAGCUGGAGGUCUUCCAAUCUCUUCUACACAACUUUGCUCUAGAACAUGCUGCGACUAUCAAGUCGAAUCCCACAUUCCGCGCAGAGUUUGCUCGCAUGUGCAAUGCCAUCGGAGUAGACCCGCUUGCUGGCAGCAAUAUCAAAGGCAAAAAGACCGAUUCUCUCUGGGCCAAGGUACUGGGGCACGAUGUCAAUGACUUCUACUUUUCGGUUGCUGUACGUGUCGUUGAGCUGUGCCAGUCAACACGUGCUGAGAAUGGUGGGCUUUUGGGAUUGCAGGAAUGCUGUGAGAGUGUGAGCAAGGGCAAAGCCAUUGGUGGUGGCCUGCAGGUCUCUGAGGACGACAUCGAGCAGGCAGUCAAAUCACUGGAACCGCUUGGAUCUGGAUUUGUGAUCCUGACGAUUGCUAGCAAGAGAUUCAUACGUUCGGUGCCAAAGGAGCUGAACACCGAUCAGUCUACGGUCCUGGAAGUUCUGCAAUUGCUUGGGAACGUUUCGGUCUCGCUGCUUCAGCUCAACCUGAACUGGGAAAGAGCCCGCUCUGAGACUGUUCUACAGGACCUGUUGGCAGAUUCUCUCGUUUGGGUCGAUUACCAGUGUCGUGAGCCAGAGUACUGGUCACCACAAGGGCUGGUUGAUGAAGCUUAUUGAGAUGGGUCCAACCAUCUGCGAGCAGAAGUGGCCAACACUCUUCUUGCCGCACCAAAGAUCUAUCUAUGUGGGGAGUGAGCGCUUAUACUCUUCUUUCAGAACCCAUCGCCCUCGACCACGGCUGCCCUUCUCCAGCUUUGCAAGCAGCUUCAAAGUCUCUUUGAAUUCCGCAGUGGCUUGUGGAGUUGUACAGAACCGAUUGAAAUGGUCAAUCAGCAUUUGCGUGUGUACAGCUCCGCCAUGGGCUGUCAGAUAGUCACGAAUCAGACGGCCAAAUUCUUUCCCCUGAGGUUGACCUGGGGUGCUGGACCUAGACCCUGUCGCUGCAGAGCCAGAAGAGCGUGCGGGGCUCGACGUACGAGGAGUCAAAUCAUGUGCCGCGUUUGCCUGGCGCUGCUGCAGAUUCGUCAAGAGACUCGAUGACUGAAACCCGCCACCUCGCGACCUGGAAUUUGAGCUGAAUGCCCGCUGGGCAGUGGUUUCUUGUGGUCUGCCAGAUACGCCAAAUUGGCCCGUCCAGGUUGGAGUUCCAAUGGGCACAGUGCGAGCGACUUCACCCGCACGUCUGAGCUCCCUUGCUGCUUCCGCAGCUACUUUACGAGCCUCUUGCUCAACGAGCACAGGGUCUGCGGCAACCUUCUUGGGCGUCUUACCGUCGAUGAUGGCGUCGUGCUCGACAGCGGAGUGAAUGCCUGAACGGGCGAAUAUACCUUCCAUCAUUCUGGCUUCUGAGUUUGCUGCGCCCUCCUGAUUUGCAUUCUUCUCCUCUUCGGCUUCGCCGGCGAAUUGCUCAAUCGAAGACACUCCGGGCAAUGCUUCUAUAUUACCAUCUUGCUGAAGAGAAGGCGAGUUCUUUUGGUCGUCAUUUUUUGUUGAUGAUGUUUGAGGUUUGGAGUUUGACUUGUACUGAACCUCUGCGCCUCUGAAAAGAGCGCUCGUCUCGGUUGGGUCGCCCUCGUCACCCAAACCAAACAAAUCAUGUAAAUCGUUAAGAUGGAAGGUUUGCCGCUGUUUCGGGUCCUUAAGGAUUUUGUUAGUGAGGAAUUGCUUGAAGAUCUGUCGAUGGUAGAUCUUUUCUUCUAUCGUGCCAGCCGUCAUCAAACGAUAAAUAGUCACUUCCCUCUUCUGACCGAGACGCCAUGCUCGUUCACGGGCUUGCAAAUCUGUCGAAGGGUUCCAGUCAGGAUCGUAUAUAAUCACUCUAUCGGCGCCAGUCAAAUUGAUGCCUAGACCACCGACUUUGGUGGUGAGCAAGAAG